UGUGUCUGUCUCUCUCUUCUUUUUCUUUGGAUGAAAGAACUCAAAAAAAGAACCAUUCUGCUUGCUGUUCACAUCUGAAUCAUGAAUUUUUUGGUAGGAUUGAAUUAAGAAGCAAGAGCAACUUCUAGAAUUCCUCUCUCUCUUUCUUGAUUGUCUUUAAAAAGGCAAGCUUGUUCAUGGGCUUCUUGAGACUUUUGACUUGUUAAACAUACCUAUACCUCCAUUUCUGCAUCUUCUUUCUUCUUCUUCUAGCCUUGAAAGAAGAAUCAAAUCUUGUUCAUUGCUGUAUUUGUUUUAGCACAUCUUUGGCCUCUAUAAUAAAUGGGAUUAGAGGGUCUUCGAAGCCUGCAAAAUUUACAUCUUCUAGUUCCUCAUUCACCACCUUCUUGUAGGAAACCUGUUUGUCCAAGAUCAUACUCUCUAUCCUCAUUUCGUAGCCUAAACAAUCCCUCGUUGGCCUAUCCAUUAGGUCGUCCAUCUACCCUUUUUGGUUCUUGUGGUAAUCUUAGAACUCCUGGUCUAAAACGAUCUUGCAGUGCUGAUUCUAACGAGUUUUUAAAUGAAGAGUUUACGAAUCAGACUGAAGAUUUCUCAAUGAAGUUUGAUGUUACAGAUGAUAAAGAUGACAACGAUGAUAAUGAUACUGCAUCUUUAGCAGUUUCAGAGAUUUCUAAAAAUUCAUCAUGUAAGGAUGGCGAGAAGAGCAGAGAAAAAACUGAUUCUUCCACGUCGUUUUUGCCCUCAAAGUUUGAGUUUCUUGAGCCUAAUUUUCUUGGAAUCAAACCAGAACCUCCAGAGUGGCCAGAGAGAGAUGAGAUUGUAAAGUUGAGCAUUGUUCGCAAAGCAAACAGUGUUGAAAUCCCUUUGUCACUGAGAAUGAUAGGCAGGAAGCAAAAAUGGCAAGAGGGUUUUGCAGAUGCAGGAGAUUUUGCAUACUGUUCUGUGAAGAAAGCAUUUUCUUCAAUGGUGUUUAUAAUUCGAGAACUUCAAAAUUAUGCUUUGUCUAUAAGGGGAAGACUUUACAGCGAAGAUUUACAAGCAGUUGUGAAUAAGUUUCAGAAGGAAAUGAAUGCUUCCUUUGUAUGGCUCUUUCAACAAGUCUUCUCUCGAACUCCCAAUCUCAUGGUCUAUGUGAUGCUUCUUUUAGCUAAUUUCACAGUGCAUUCGAUGAUUGGAAAUAUGACAACUUCACCAUCUCGAAGAUUAUAUGAUAAGUUGCUAACUACACAGGGAAUGAGUUUAGAACAAAUUAGUGAAGACGUAUUAUCAACUUCAUUGCCUGAAUAUGAAGAAAUGAUUGAGGAAGAAGAGAUGAAGUUGUGGAACUUACUGGUGGAAGAAGCUGCAAUAAUGCGAGAAGAAUCAAGAUAUCCUGUUCUUGAUCAAGAGACAAUGAAACAUCUUGUUUCAUCCAUAUCUGUGGAGAUUGAACCAGAGGAUUAUGUGGAGUUUCAUAGAACAGAUCUUCUUUAUCAGAUGGGUGUAGCUGAAGAUCCUAAUAACCCUCUUCUGCUCUCUAAUUAUGCUCAGUUCCUAUACGUCGUUCGCCAUGACUAUGACAGGGCCGAGGAGUGCUUCAAGCAAGCGAUAAUGUCAGGACCACCGGACGCAGAGACUUUCAGUCAAUAUGCAGAUUUCUUGUGGCUAGUAAGGAAGGAUUUGUGGACUGCAGAAGAAGUAUACCAGCAAGCAGUGGCAGCAGCACCCAACAGCCAUUAUUAUGCUUCAAAAUAUGCUAAUUUCCUUUGGAGAACAGGAGGAGAAGACACUUGUUUUCCUCUUGGUAAUUAUUAUGAUAAGGUUAUGUAAUUUGAAACAGAGAUGGUUAAUAUCAAUAUGGUGCUGCUCAUCCCCUCCUUCCUCCUUCCAUCUAAUAAAAAAAAAAAAGAAAAAAAUUAUAUACAUGUGCGUGUGCGCAAAUUUGCACACCCAUCAGGAAAAUUUAGCCUGAUUUUAGCUUUAACUUCUGUAUUUUCUUCUCUACUUGGUGUUUAUUAGCCUGGCUAUGUAUGCUCGUUAAGAUAUUACCAAGGAGUUAUGCAAAAAAUCAUAUGCAUGAAUCUGCAAAUCUAUUCUUGAACUAUCAUAAUGAAAAUUGCUUCCUAUUUUCCAUA